AUGAGCAAUUUCUGGCAACUCAAAGGUGAAGAAAGGGCAUGGACACCUCAGGUUUCCGCAAAAUAUAUCUUGGAGCCGGAUCACAUUAAAAAGCUCUUCAAGUCCACACAAGAUCUAAGUUUUGACAUUGCAUCAGAUGCAACAUCAAUUUUUCGAGUCAACCAUCUUGAAAGUUUCAUGUUUUUCUAUCAGUUGCAAUUCCUAUUGCCUUGUAUAUUAUAUAUUUGUUUACCUGCUAGGAGCAAUGUUAUUGGAUCGUUCAAAUACCCUGUGAUGGUUCGAUAUGUUUGCUCAUUGGACAACAUGAGAAUUAUCAUGAAUAUUCUUAGGGAUUCAAACAAGACCAUACAGCUAGAAGCCUUCCAUUUGUUCAAGCCGUUCCCUGCUAACCAGAAAAAACCACCACAAAUUGUGAAUGCGCUGUUUGCAAACAGAAGCAAACUCAUCUGUUUUUUCAACAAUUUUACUUUUGAAAAAGAUAAAAAGUAA